UGUUUUCUCCUAAUUGUGCUCGUUUCUACUCAUCCCCGAGCACUAAGUGUGAAGGGUUGGAGAAGGGAGUGGACACACAUGAGCCGAGUCGGCGAGGUGGAGGCCGCACUGAGGGUCCCCAGGAACCACUCGGUGGCACUUUCCUUUGUUUUGGCUGAGGACGAUGAAGGCAGCCGCAACCACAGCCCCCGGGGACCAAGAACUGGAACUAGAUAAUGAGUUACAAGGCACUAAUAGUUCCGGAUCGUUGGGUGGUCUUGAUGUUCGAAGACGCAUUCCUAUAAAGCUCAUCUCCAAACAAGGGAAUAAAACCAAAACCGCACCUCGAGCUCCAAGGACUAUAAACAGGAUGCCUGCAAAGGCUCCACCUGGGGAUGAAGGAUUUGAUUAUAAUGAAGAAGAACGGUAUGACUGUAAAGGGGGUGAACUGUUUGGAAAUCAGAGAAGAUUUCCUGGACACCUUUUUUGGGACUUCCAGAUAAACAUCCUAGGUGAAAAGGAUGAUACACCAGUUCAUUUCUGUGACAAAUGUGGAUUGCCUAUUAAAAUCUAUGGGCGAAUGAUUCCAUGCAAGCAUGUUUUUUGCUAUGACUGUGCUAUUUUACAUGAAAAAAAAGGAGAUAAGAUGUGUCCAGGCUGUAGUGAUCCUGUGCAGCGAAUCGAGCAGUGUACGCGAGGUUCUCUCUUCAUGUGUAGCAUUGUUCAAGGGUGCAAGAGAACGUACUUGUCUCAGAGGGACUUACAGGCUCAUAUCAACCACCGCCACAUGAGAGCUGGAAAACCUGUUACCCGUGCUUCGCUCGAAAGCGUCCAUCCUCCUAUUGCCCCACCGCCAGCCGAAAUCCCCGAUCGCUUUAUAAUGCCGCCAGACAAGCACCAUAUGAGCCAUAUCCCGCCAAAGCAGCACAUCAUGAUGCCACCACCCCCUUUGCAGCACGUGCCGCACGAGCACUAUACCCAGCCACACGAGGACAUCCGUGCUCCUCCUGCAGAGCUGUCCAUGGCUCCACCUCCACCUCGCUCAGUCAGUCAGGAAACCUUUCGUAUUUCAACAAGAAAACACAGCAAUCUAAUAACUGUCCCUAUUCAGGAUGACUCAAAUUCAGGUGCUAGAGAACCACCACCUCCUGCCCCAGCACCUGCUCACCACCAUCCUGAAUAUCAGGGCCAACCAGUGGUAUCGCACCCGCAUCAUAUUAUGCCUCCACAGCAACAUUACGCACCACCCCCACCUCCUCCACCACCAAUCAGCCAUCCAAUGCCACAUCCUCCCCAGGCUGCAGGUACUCCUCACUUGGUGUAUAGCCAAGCUCCACCUCCACCAAUGACCUCUGCUCCACCACCAAUCACCCCUCCCCCUGGACAUAUUAUUGCCCAGAUGCCACCUUAUAUGAACCAUCCUCCUCCAGGACCUCCCCCACCUCAGCAUGGUGGUCCGCCUGUAACCGCACCCCCUCCUCACCAUUACAAUCCUAACUCUUUACCCCAGUUCAGUGAAGAUCAAGGAACUCUGAGCCCUCCAUUUACACAACCAGGGGGAAUGAGUCCUGGUAUAUGGCCUGCACCGAGAGGGCCACCUCCUCCUCCACGAAUGCAGGGUCCGCCUUCUCAGACCCCACUUCCUGGACCACAUCAUCCAGAUCAGACAAGAUAUAGACCGUAUUACCAAUGAUUAAUAGUACUUUGAACUGAAGAUAUGAUGAGGAAAAACAAAAACUUAUGUAUAGUCAAUCUUUUAAUUAAGCUUUGACUGUUUGGGGGAAGGAAGAGUACCUCUUACUGAGGUGACCGCAAAACAUUUAGGGUCUUGUCUCUUAAAAUGGUUUUAAAUCUUGACCUUAGGAUUGACUUCAAGUACUAUACCGUAGUGCAGAUGAGUGGCUCAGUUGAGCACAGCUAUGUUUUAACAACUUUGUUCCCCUAGUGUGGUAAAUUGACCCAGAGGUGACCAUUUGUAAAAAAUUUGAGAAGAAUUUUUCAUUGUUCCACUUCUAAAAAUAUGGCUUUUGUUAAAUCCAACAUUUAGUUUUUCUUGUGAUACAUUUUGUUAACCUGUGUAAGAGGAUAAAAUUUCAAAAUGGUUGUAAAAAUGCUAUUUUUAUGUGAAUUUAAGUGCAGCCACAUACUGUUUUUUAAAACCAUAUGUUUUACCACUAAUUUCCCAAAGUUACAAUAAAAUCCUAAAAGUAAAAAUCUACUAGAAUUUACUGUAAGGCAGACUGUUAAAUGGUAGAGAAUUAUUUCACAUUUUAGGCACUGAAAUUUUGAGGUAUAUUAAAUAUAUAAUGCACUUCACUUGGAUGCCUUUUUGUUUUUAGGCAGCCUCAGGAGCACCAAAAUACAUUGGAAUUCCAUAUUUAUGUUCGUAAUAUUAAAAGGCAUUAGUAGUUAUUUGGAAAGAUACGGCCAAAGCAAUUGACUCUACAGGCUCCAAGCUAUUGGGGGAUACUGUUACUCGUUAAUUCUUUCUACCGAAUGGUGGGAAUCACAUGAUGCACCACAUUUACUAAUCUUAAGUAACAUUAUUUUAUAGAACUGUUUAAAACUGUGUUAUCUAGAUGAAGUGUGUUCUACUCUGCUCAUUGUCUUAAACUUAAAUAUUUAGGGCUGAAUAGGCUUUGUAUAAUUCCUCAUUUCCUGGUAGAGUUUGAUCUGUGCUUUGAGUGGGUUCUUGUCUAUUGGGUUUUAAAGUACAAUUUGAAUGCCAUCAAGGAAUACUGUAUUAAUGAAGGACGUUCUUGUAAUCACAAACUUGCGUUGCUCAGGUUUCAUUACUGUGUGAUAAGGUUUUUUUCUCUAACUUGAAAUUUUAAAAGUGUUAAUUAUUUCCUAUUCCUUUCAUUGGUUAAGCACUAUAAAAUUUGGAACGUUUUAAAAGGGAGUCAACAGUGCAGACCACCAGACGAUUUUGUAUUGGAGAAAAGUGAUGACUAAAUUGUGAAUUUCAGAGCUUUAUAAGGUGCCUUUAGAGUCAGCUUUUGCAUUAUAGGGGCUUGUUACAGUCCAGCUAAGAUGACCACUUAAUGUUUUAUACAGAUCUCGUAUGUAUAAAUCAAUACUCUUAGGAUAUUAUUUUAUAUCCUUUGAAUAAACCCCUGUGAAGUAUUUCCUCCCCCCUAAAAUGGUGCAUAAUAUAAACAUGAAAAAUGUAGUAUGCAGAUAUCAUUUAUCACUAGUUUGUAGUGCAUAAAUUUAGAACACUUCUUUUUGACAAAGGGUGAACUGAUGGCUAAUUUACCAUUUAAUUCUGUCAGAUACAAGCAGAAAACAGUUUCUCAUCUUGGAUCAUCAGAUGCAGAGGCAUCUAUGAAUUUAGAGCUGAAGUUAGAGAUGAUAUCAAUGAUCAUUUCAACCUUGACCAGCUGAAAAUAAUGAAUAUGCUUUUUUUUUUUUAAGUUAAUGGAGUGAUUUUUCACAUCUAGCAGUUUGAGAGUCCAGUGUUAAUGCAAUAGAUGUAGUGAGAAAUUCUUGUUACUAGAAGCGUGGGAGUGAAGUAUGAACUAGUGUGAAAUGGUGGUGGUGAGUGCUUCUAUCAUAUUACUGUAGGUACUUGGACUGGUGCAAACUUGAUUCCUUUUCAUGCCCCUGUUUAGGAGCUGUUAAAAUAUUACUGUUGAAAACCCAAUACCAUUCUUUGUUUCUUGUGAUAAGAAAAUAGCCAAAUUCACUUCAGAGCUUUUCAACUUUCUCUAAGGAGCUCUCCUGUUUUUACUGAAAUUCACUAGAGCUGAACGUGGUAUGAAACCACUCAGCCUAUGUAUUGGACAAAACAGUUAGUAUCAUGAUAAACUUCCACAUGUUUAAGAGAAUUCUCAUAGACUUUAAAAAUGAUUUCUUUUCAGUUAGGUUUAAAAAAUAUGUGUUAUGCAGGGAGGCAGAUCAGAUGAAUGUGUUGCAGCAGACAAAAUUUUUAAAUGGUGUUAGACUUGAAUUCAUCCAGUUAUUGUUUGAAUGAGGGCGGGUGGGGAGAAGGAUAACAAAAUUACUGUUAGUGUUUCUUUCCUUAAGGAAAAAGAUGUGAAUCCCAGCCUUAUUUCAGGGAAGCCUUUGAAGCUAUGAUGGACAUAAGUCUAAAUUAAAUGUAUGUAUGUUUCAUUAUAUUGCUCUUAAGACUACUGAGGUGGCAGUUUAAUUCUUAAAAACAAUAAAAUGGAAGCAUAAAUACUAUUUUGCCUAGAUGAAUUUUUACCUAAUGAUGACACAUUUGGGUGAAUGCCAAGUUUUCUGUGUUGAUGUGUUGAUACAACUUUUACAGUAAAAUUAGAUUCACUUUUUUUGAGAUGAAACCCAGCAAGUCGAAUGUUAAUAUUUCUUCAGUGGCAUGCUUGUUCUCAGUAUAAUACAGUAUUUGGGGAACUAUCAGUUGCAAAAACCAUGAGAAACUAUAUCCAUUUUGCCCUGUAAAAACCAUUUGCUCAAAAUUAUUGUGUAAAUACUAACUAGAUACCACUAAAAUAUAAGUGGAAAAGAUAAUCUGAACAUAAUUUUUUAACUCACAUUAAGUAACUUUACUAUAAUGAGGUAUACAGAGCUGCUGUAGACUUCGUUCUAACAUACGGGAAGAGUGUCCUACCUCUUUCUGGAAAAGUCCUGUAGUCCAAUCUCAGCAUUUUGAAAAAGUCCUAUAUCAUAAGUACAGUUGACCCUGAACAACGUGGGAAUUAGGGGUGCUGGCCCCCCUGCACAGUCAAAUCCACGUAUAACUUUUGACUCCCCCCAAAUUUUAAUAAUAGCCUGAUUAUAUACACGGUUGAUACAUAUUUAGCAUCUUAUAUGUAUUAUAUACUGUAUUCUUAACAAUGAGCUAGGGAAAGAAGGUCACCAAGAAAGUUAAUAGAAGAAGAGAAAAAUACAGUACUAUACCAUAUAGAAAAAAACCUCGUGUAUAAGGAAGCGGACUCACGCAGUUCAGACCCCUGUUGUUGAAGGGUCAGCUGUACGUGGAAAAAAAUCACAAGUACCUAGAACAAAAGUAUACUUUUCUAAUUAUUAGAUUAGCCAUCAAAUAUUGAUGUUAAUUGAGGUUUGAUGUAAUCAUACUCAAACAUACUAUAUUUUGACCGAAGUGGAUUUAUUUUUCUUCACUGGUUUGUAACUGUAAUCUGUUAAAUUUUGGCCUAGAAACUAAGUAGAAUUUACUUAUUACGGUAUAUGCACAAUCUAAUAAAGCAAUAUUGGAUAUACUUCGCUUAGAGGGGACAGAGAAGUAAGCCAGUGAAAAUACUUGAUAUUAAUAAAAACAUUUGGAUUUUCAAACAA